AUGGCUACAGAGGCGACUCGCGAGGCGUUCGUGGAGCUGCAAGGGCGACUCGUGGAGACGGAUAGCAAGCUGAAGCAGGCCCAAUGGCGCCGCUACCAGUGCUGCUCUCUUUCAUCACUCGUCAUCUCCCUCCUCGCGCAGGUGCUAGGGCAGGAGAAGGCGUGCGAGGUGGACGUUUUCACGGCCAGAACGACCCUGGACGAGCUUCAAGAGCUGUCCGCAGAGACGAAUGUGUAUCAAAGCAUUGUCCCAUGCCCCUAUCCUCGCCUCGCCUUCAUGUUGGCAUCGCUUCAGGGCACUGCAAGUAGCCGCCGGCCUUGCACCCGCAUGUACCAUGCCAUCCAGAAAGCGGCGAGGGCAACGGAGGAAGGGAAGAUCAAAGAGGCCGAGGCCACCAUUGCGUCCCUGCAGGGGUCAAAGAAGUAUCUGGAGAAGCAGAUGAGGGAGGUGCAGAGCAAUUUCAAGGAGCUCAUGGAGCAACUGCCAGCGUCCAUCCCUGGUUUAACACAAGCCAUCAAUGGCUGA